UCAUGGCUGCUCCCAGUCUAAUGGAAUCGUUGUCGGAAAUGACAUUUGUUGGGUGAAACGCUAUCAAACAGUGCCUAAAUAUUCGUUCGUAUGUCAAAACGUAAACACCGUGCCCUCAGCUCGGACGGUACUCUGUGUUUCUCGCUGUCUAUCAUUCUGAACAUGACUUACGCAUGAUCCUGCAUGCGAAUGUUCCUCCUACGCUCAUCACCUUUCACGUACGGUAACCAGUGUUUUGUUCAAACAUUAUUCAAAAUAAUACGCAGAAGGCAUUGUCAGGACAUGUUACAAUGAUGCCGAUAAAGGAUAACCAGGAUGUGGCAUGCUUUCUGGUCACCAAACAUUCAUGGAAAGGAAAGUACAAACGCAUUUUCUCAAUCGGAUCCAUGGGUAUAACAACAUACAAUCCUACUACAUUAGAAGUCACAAACAAAUGGGAAUACUCAGAUUUUAUAAGCGUUCAGCCAAUAAACAGAAAUCAAUUUGGUUCGUACGAAUUUAGUAUAACAAUGCGCAAGGAACGUAAAGUUGACAAUAUGAAGUUUAGUUCAGAACACAGAGCUCAUUUAUUGACUGAAGCUCUAAAGUAUAGAAAUCAGUUUGUUGAGAAGCCUAAAGAAAUUUUGAGAUAUCAGGCUUAUAAGCAUCAUUGGUCUGAUACGAGAUUGCCUGUUGUACUAGAAGUAACACCUUAUAGUCUUGACCAAUUAGACCCAGCAACGAAUAUGGUGUUGGCCAGUUAUUGUUACAAGGAUUUCGAAGGAAUCCUUACAAUGAAAGAUUACCCUUAUGGAUUUGUAAUUGUGUGCGGCGGAUUUGGACGUUUACAUCUUUUCGCUUCUCAGCACAUGGAAGAGAUUAAGAAAAGGCUGCUGGAAUCAGCUAUGAACAAUUUAGGUAUCAGUAUAAAAGUGUUGAAGGAACCAAUCAAACUAGACGAUUUUGUUGCUCAACGAUUGGGCAAGUUCAGUGCUGACGAACACAUAACGAGCGUGUCAGAGUUCACUGUUCACAAGUAUUCAUCUAGAUAUGUAGACCCACAGAGAAGGACACUUUGUCUUUCUGAUACCUGUCUACUCGAAAGAGAUCCUCAGACAUAUAACAUUUGUACUCUCAGACCGCUGUCAGAUAUUUUCGCUUUGAUCCGUGAUAACGAGAAUCCACAAUUAUUUACUAUACAAUAUCUUAAUGGGCAAGCACGUAGUUAUACGGCGACAGACAGAGAUUCCUUGUUAGCUUCCUUACUGGACGGCGUCAGAGCAUCUGGUAACAGAGACGUUCACGUAAGAAUGUACCCGGUAGCAAGAGGGAAGAGACUUGGUCCUCUUAAUUUACCUGUCGACGAAGAAGUUGAAACGUCCCACGUUAAAUUCCUCCAGCAACCACCCAAUGGACGUACUUUUGCUGAAAUUUUGGAAAGAUUUAAUGCAAACAUUCCCUACAGUGGUCUUAAUUAUUCUGUUACGCAAGAUGAUGUUGUACCGCUUGAAUGGACUGUAACAACAUCACAAGUACAAAUGUACCAAAUCCUGAAUAACUACUUGCAGGGUCUUUUUACCGAGAAUAAAGACAAAAUUAUUCUUGGCGCUUUGAACGCGUUGGUCAUUAAAGAUUUAGAAACGAACAGUGAAAUAGAGGCGCAGUUUCACGCUUUGAGGAGAUUGGUCGCUAGCAAAAUUGGUUUCACUGCGUUCACAAUGCUUCCUGGAUUCAGAGAAGCUAUAGGGCACAAGGUUGUAAAGGCUUUGAAGCGGCAAGAUUGCGGCGUGACGCAAGCUGCCAUAGACUGUAUUUGCGCUCUCAUGCAACCGAUGCACGACGAUUGCGAUUUGAGACAAGAGCAGUUAAAUAAAAGUAGUCUUCUCAGUAGUAACAAAUUUUUGGAAAGCUUGCUUGAUAUGUGGAUCAAUCAUAUUAAUCAUGGCACAGGUGCUCUGGUAGUUUCUGCCAUGCUUGAUCUUUUAACUUUCGCGCUAUGUGUACCAUAUAGUGAAACGACCGACGGCAAACAUUUCGACAAUCUUUUAGAAAUGGUCGCCGCGAGAGGAAGAUCGCUUUUUAAACUGUUCCAACAUCCGUCGCUAGCUAUUGUUAAAGGUGCCGGACUGAUAAUGAGAGCAAUUAUUGAGGAGGGUGCACCGGAAGUCGCGGCGAAGAUGCAAGAACUCGCUCUCGCUGAGGGAGCAUUGCCAAGGCAUCUGUUGAACAGUCUUUUUACCAUUGGUACCGACGGUAGAUUAUUAACGCAUAGACAGUUGUGCAGGCAUCUUGUAGGACUCUGGGUGACCGGGCAUCCGACGGCCAUGGGAUUGUUGAAAAGGAUCAUGCCUAUUGGCUUGUUAAAUUACUUAGAUUCCGAUGAGAAGGUACCCGAUUCGUUUCUCGAGAAAGAACGAUUGAACAAUCGGGACAAUUUAAAGAUAGCCAUAGAUCACGCGUCGAGGAACAAGAAGAGCCCGCAGUGGAUCGCGAUCGAGCGUCAGAUGCGCGUGGUUGAGAAACACGUCGAACAUGCUCUUCAGCACUGGGGUGCCAGGAUCGGUAUCGAGCGCAAGGAGAAGAUCAAGGAGCGGCCGAUAGUACUGAGGAAACGUAGAGAACGAAUCAAAUCGGAAGCGAACUGGAAUUUGUUUUAUUAUAAAUUCAAUCAAGAUCAUUCACUGCCGAAUUUAAUUUGGAAUCACAAAACGCGGGAGGAACUAAGAACCGCGCUCGAGAAUGAAAUCCGCGCUUUCAGUUCGGACAAGGAUUUGGCAGGCGGAACUCUGAUCGCAUGGAAUCACAGAGAAUUUGAAGUACAGUACCAGUGCCUGUCGGACGAAGUAAAGAUCGGCGAUUAUUACCUGAGGCUCCUGUUGGAAAAAGAUAGUCCUGACAGUCCUAUAAGAAAAUCAUACGAAUUUUUUAACGACUUAUACCAUAGAUUCAUAUUAACAACAAAAGUUGAAAUGAAGUGCCUUUGCUUGCAAGCAAUGACUAUAGUGUAUGAACGAUAUUACGAGGAUAUUGGUCCAUUUUCGGAUACAAAGUAUAUUGUAGGAAUGCUGGAACGUUGCACUGAUAGAAUGGAACGCGAUAGGCUAGUCAUGUUCAUAAAUAAACUUAUAUUGCAUAGGAGAAACGUGAAAGAUAUAAUGGAUCAAAACGGUGUGCGCACUUUGGUCGAUCUCCUCACUUUGGCUCAUCUGCACACGUCUAGAGCGGUCGUGCCCGCGCAAACGAACGUGAUCGAGGCAGAUCCGCUGCAGCAACAUAGUAUGGAGAAGGAAUGGUAUUAUAACGAUGGGGACCAGCGAAAAGGCCCUAUAAGCUUGAAGGACUUGAAGGAACUGUAUCUAACGAAUCAAAUAUCGCACAAGACAAAGGUCUGGGCUCAAGGUUUGGACGGAUGGCGAAUGAUCUCGCAAGUGCCGCAGCUGAAAUGGACGCUAGUCGCGAAGGGGACGUCGGUGAUAAACGAAAGUGAAUUAGCUACAUUGAUUCUAAAUGUUUUAAUCAAAAUGUGCGAGUAUUUCCCGAGUAGGGACGUCGAUGACGCGGUAAUCAGGCCCCUUCCGCGCAUGAAGCGGUUAUUAUCCGAUCUCCAGUGCCUACCCCAUAUCGUUCAACUUUUAUUAACGUUCGACCCGGUUUUAGUUGAAAAGGUAGCUACGUUGUUAUGCGAAAUAAUGCGAGACAACGCGGAGGUCUCCAAGAUUUACCUCACUGGCGUUUUUUAUUUCAUAUUAAUGUACACUGGCUCGAACGUUUUACCGAUAGCGAGAUUUUUGCAACUGACUCACACGAAGCAAGCUUUUAGAACCGACGAUAAUGUGUCGUCGGAUAUAAUGCAACGAAGCAUACUUGGGCAACUUCUGCCUGACGCGAUGGUCAGCUAUUUAGAAAAUCACGGCGCGGAAAAGUUUGCUCAAAUAUUUCUCGGUGACUACGACACGCCGGAAGCGAUCUGGAACGCUGAGAUGAGGAGAAUGCUUAUCGAGAAGAUAGCCACGCAUAUCGCGGACUUCUCACCGAAAUUAAGAAGUCACACUAUGGCUCGGUAUCAGUACAUCGCUAUACCCGCUGUAAGGUAUCCGCAAUUAGAGAAGGAAUUGUUCUGUCAGAUAUUCUAUCUGAGACACCUUUGUGAUACCGUCAAAUUCCCUCAGUGGCCUGUACCUGAACCGGUACGUUUAUUGAAAGACGUGUUAGAUGCAUGGAAGAAAGAAGUAGAGAAAAAACCACCGCUAAUGACGGUCGACGAAGCUUACAAAGUUCUUCAAUUAACUAGCGGGAAACAACAUAACGAAGCCGAAGUCAGGAAAUCAUACUAUAAACUCGCACAAAUGUAUCAUCCCGACAAAAAUCCACAGGGCAGAGAUAAGUUCGAGGCUGUCAAUCAGGCUUAUGAAUUUCUAUGCAGUCGAAGUUGCUGGUCGACCGACGGUCCGAAUCCAGAUAACAUAGUACUCAUUCUAAGAACGCAGAGCAUUCUUUUCCAUAGAUACUCGGAGGAAUUGAGACCAUACAAAUAUGCAGGAUACCCGCAACUGAUUAAAACGAUCAAGCUAGAAACAGACGACGAACAGUUGUUCUCGAAAUCGGCCCCGUUAUUGGCUGCCGCCAGCGAACUCGCGUAUCACACCGUGCAUUGUUCCGCGUUGAACGCGGAGGAACUGCGCAGAGAAGGAGGAUUAGACGUGCUAUUAGACGCUUACACGAGAUGCGUAUCCGUUCUAAACAAAUCGAGUAAGCCUACAGACAUAGCGGUGCAAGUCUGCAUGCAUAUCACUAGAUGUUUCUCGGUCGCCGGCUCGUUCAGAGGCUGCAAAGACAGAAUCAUUGAACUACCGCAACUAGUUAAAGAUCUUUGUAGAAUAUUACACUUCAAGCAUUUAACAAAGUUAUGCUCAGUGGCCACGGAGUGCGUUUCUUCUCUCGCCACAGACAGUGUACUACAAAUGCAAUUGCUGCAAUCCGGUGCACUGUGGCAUUUGCUGUUGUUUAUGUUUAAUUACGACUACACGCUGGAGGAAGGUGGCGUGGAAAGGAAUCAGGAGGAGAAUCGUCAAGAGGUUGCGAACAACUUGGCGAAACUCGCGGUUCGAGCUUGUGCCAGGCUAGGCGGUUACAUGACGGGAGAAGAUGAAACGCCUGUUAAUCCUGUUACCGUGGCUGCGUUAGAAAGUUUAUUGACGCCUUAUCUGGCCCGGCAGCUCGCGAAAGAUAAGCCAGAAGAGAUAUUGAAAAUCUUAAACUCGAAUUGCUCGAAUCCGUAUCUAAUUUGGGAUAAUGGAACGAGGGCGGAAUUGAUCGAAUAUCUGGAAGCUAAACGGCAAGAGAGAUUAAACGGGAACGAUAAUUUCGAACACGAUUUCAGCGACUUUAAGUAUAGUUCGCAUGCAGGCGAACUGAUCAUUGGAGAAAUAUUUGUAAAAGUGUACAACGAGCAACCUAAUUUCCCCAUAGAGAAUCCCAAAAGUUUUACAAUCAAUUUGCUCGACUUUUUGUCGGAAUCAUCAAAAUAUUUGUCGUCGAUGAUAAACGUGGCGUUAGCUAAGAAAGACCAACAGAAACUGGAACACAUCGUUAUGACGUUGGAAGGCUUAAGAAAUGUGAUUAAAAAUAAUCCAGGGAUCGAACUGCAAUGCAUAGGGCACUUCAGAUUACUGUUCGGACUUCUGAAUUGCCAUAAUUUCAAAUUGAUACAAAAGAACGCGCUCGAAGUUAUAAGCAACGUUACGAAGAAUCAAGAAUGCGUAGACGAUAUCGCGGCGAACGAAGUUGUAGUAUACUUGCUGUUGGCUUUAAAUUCUCUGAAGGAGUGUCAGCUACUCACACUAGAAACUUUGUACGCUUUAAUGAGCUCGACGAAGAUCGUGAAAGAUGCACUGGCCAAAGGAGCUGUUGUAUACAUUGUCGAACUGUUCUGUAAUUCAAGUAAUACUCAAGUACGCGAAGCUGCCGCGGAACUGCUCGGCAAAAUGUCGUCUGACAAAUUGGCCGGACCGAAAGUGAAACUAGAUUUGUCGAAAUUCCUUCCCAGAUUAUUCAGCGAAGCUAUCAGAGACGCGCCAAAACAGUGCGUUCAUAUGUUCGAGACGAAACACGAGAACCCUGAACUAAUUUGGGAUGACGACGCCAAAGCCAAAGUCUCGAGAAUUAUUGGAGAAUUGAAAGAUGAAUAUUACGCGUUGCAAAGACGGAAUCCUAACACGGUAUUAAAGUUACCUGAUACACAAAGUAAUAUUGAUGUUGCCACGAACGAGCCCGUAGUCGGAGGCGUUUAUCUCAGACUGUUCAUAGCCAGUCCCGCGUGGGCUCUUAGGAAACCUAAAGAAUUCUUGAGCGAACUUAUGGACACCACGUUAACGCUUAUGUCUAGGGAUAAAACUGAUCCGGAUAUGUUGGAAUUAACGACACAAGCACUGGUUUCUCUACUCCAAGCACAACCAACGUUAGCGGAUCAGGUUCCAUCGCUAGGUCACAUACCUAGACUCUGCCGACAAAUGGCAAUGCAAAACAAUCAGCCAUCUGUGUACAAAACUGCGAUACUGAUACUUCAUCAAUUAGCUACGAGCGAGAUUUGUAUAUCAUCUAUUUGUCAAACGGAAUGUAUUAGUCCAUUGAAACAUGCUAUGCAAUCUAGGAAAGAUAUGAUAACAGUGGCGUGCGAGACCUUGAACAGGCUAUUUUCGACUAACGAGGAUAGACUUAUAAAACAGGCAUUGGAUGCCGAAAUGGUACCAUAUCUAUUAAAUAUAUUAGAAGGACGAUUAGACGUGAUAGAGAAUCCUGCGACGACCAAAGCGCAGAUAGUCAAAGCUUUGAAAGCAAUGACCAGAAGCUUGUUGUUAGGCGAGAAAGUGAAUGCCAUACUGGAGAAGUCGAGCGUCUGGGCGGAGUACAAAGAUCAGCGGCACGAUCUAUUCAUUUCUAAUACGAAUAAUUCUGGUUACCUUACCGCUGGAACGCCGGUAUCCGCUGGUUACUUGACGGCUGGCCCUAGUACAACUCUGACCACCGCUCCGCCUCCAGUUGACAAAGAAGAUAGUUUAAUUAAUAGGAACGAUAGUAUCUGAUACAGGUAGCAUUGUAAUGAAAGAGAAAAGAGAUACGAUAGGGAGUAAGUACGCGAAUUCUGGAAACUGCUAUCGGUAAGUAACUACCGAUGUAAAGACUACAUUGCCUGUGAUUUUUGGCUCUUUAAAAUAAGGGAUCUAUCGAUCGGAUAAUGUUUUUUUUUUCUUUUUGUUGAAUUUACAUUUGUAAUAAGAUAUAUAUAUAACAAUGAUACUUUUUAUUGUGCUAUUACGAUUAUAUAUAAUUACGCAAGAUAAGUGUCAUCCUCAUUGCGAUAUUCGGCAUGUGGCAAAAGAUAGUAUUUAAUGAAAGUCUUUCGUUAGAGAACAAAUUUUCUAGAUAAUGUCCCGCGAAUAAUAAGUCUCCCCAGUCGAUUCUGAAAAUAUUAUUCUAGACAACGUUUCAUUUCGCGCUUACCAAAUCUUCCGAUACAUUUUUUUUAUAACUAACGCGCUGACAUUCCUCAUGAACAAAGGAGCACAGCUUUGCCGCUGUGUCUGAAUGUGGUUAAUAAUUUUUGACGAAACGUUUGGAUACGAAAACGCAGACAUCCAUACAUUUAAAUGUAACGUACACUUGGUCCAACUUUUGACUAAUUCUCAGAGUCUCGUAAUUAAACGAAGUUCUAUUAUUCCAGUCACCGUCGCCAUUACAUAAAAAACGUUAAUAGUAAGUCUUAAUGAUAUCAGUCUCCAUAAACUAAUCGCAUUUUUCGAUACGGCGAAAUGUUUUCCUUUCACUCAGUGUACAAAAUCAUAAAUAGACACUUUUUCAAAUUUUAAGUGAUAGACAAUAGCUAUGGAAAAUAAAAACAAAUUUUUACUGUUUCUUCGCAUUAAUGUUGUCAUCAUAAAUGUUUUCUCAACGAAUUUUUUAUUAAAAAUAAAACGAGAACUUAGAAACUACAAGCGUGAAGAAAAUUUUUAAAUUCUGUCUGUUUAUUACUUUGGCACAAUUCGUAUUGUUCUCUCUACAAAACGUUAUACCGCAGUUUCUUUUCAUAUACUUCAUACGUGUACAUAAUCGUACUUUGUUGUAUAGACCGUUUUAUGUGCGCUUAAGGCCGAAAAAAAACGCUGAAAAUUUCUCGGUGAUACUGCACGAGGAUCUGUCGAAUGGAAUAGGAGAUUUCAUUGGUAGGGAGUUCCUCUUUUUCAUAUCAAUUUCUAGUAUUUUAACGAAGCGAUAAUUCAACGAGGGUACGACAUCUGUAAAUUUAGAGAUACAAAAACCAAAUAUGAAAAAGAAACACGUUACGCGGUGUUCUUUACUUGCCAUCCAUCAAUAAUAGUUAUAACUUUUGCUAUUCUGAAUCGACGAGUCGAAUGUCCUACAGGUAACAAAAUAAAUUAGAAAGAGCGUAUAGUUCCACUCGUAACGGGAAUAAACUUCCAAAUACUGUAACUUCUAUAGAAAAAUCGAACGCAACAACAGUUCCUCGUCUUAAGCUCAUUGCUUUUCAGCUGAAUGAUCCGUAGAAAAAUUUCUUUUCCGUGCAUUCGACUCGUCGGUUGAUUAUUUUUUCGAAAAACGUAAAGAGAAUGCAAAGCGAUUAUCUAGUUAAAUAAAAGUGAGACGAUAGAGAUCGUUUGCGCGUACUAAAAAUACAAAGAUUAAACGAUUGGCGUGCUGUGUGUGUAAUAUUGUUACUGAGACAGUCGCGAGGCUGGAGGUAAAUAAAUACAGAAGAGCCUUAGUUAUUUUUAUGUAUUCGCGCCUGAGUUCUUAAGGUCUCAAGAGUAAGAUAUUGUACAUAAACAUAUACAUAAUAUAUAUGAAAGUUAUACCACAGAUUAUUGUACGUAUAAUUAGAAAAUAAACGAUUUUGCACAUGGUACAGUUAACAGAAGGUCGACUGUAAAAUUAUGCAAUUUUUAUAUUUAUUAA